AUGGUAAUUCUGAUAGCUAUCGGCUUUCUACUAUAUUUUGGUAUCUCUAAAGCGAUAAAGUUCACCACAACUGAUGCCCCUGUCCCAGAGCCCCCUAAACCGAUGGAGUUCAUCAUAACUGAUGCCUCAAUCAUGCAGUUCGAUCUCACAAGCGACAACACCUUAUACUAUCAUUUUAAGCUCAAUAUUAAUGUGACAAACCCAGAAUACAUCGGCAUAUUCACGAGAAGUAUCCCUAUCACUGCGAUUUCUUCAUAUAAAGGUAACAAAUUUGCUGUGGUGGACAUGGAAUCCCUUACCCCACAAUUUGAGAAGACCAUUUUGCUUAAAUCGGUUGUGUUUUACGGAAACAGUUUGAUCAAACUCAAUGUACAACAACUUAUGGAGUACCAUAAUGAGACACGAUUGGGGAUUUUUAAUUUAGAUCUGAUACUAAAUUUCAACCACCAUCAAUAUGCUUAUUGUAUAGGUUUGGGAGUUCCUUUGAUUUCCAAUGUAAAAUUAGAAUCUACUUUUAAUGUUACCAAAUGCUCCCGUGAAUAUCAGGGAUGGGGUUAG